CCAUCCUUUGUAAAAAUCACAUCGCCAUAUUCUGGUAAACGAUUAUAGCAAAAACUGCCAUAGUCAGGUAAAUAAUACAUUUAGAAAAUCGCCUAGUUUUGCAAGAACAACCAAUGUCCAAGCGAGUUUUGUCAAAAACAGCCAAUGUCAACAAAAUCGCAUACGUCUCGUCACGUCGUAAGUUUGAGUUAUUAUUUUUGACACAUCACGGCGCGGCGUGUGUUUAUUUAAUAGCGUCUGUUGUUUAACGUUCUUGCUUUGAUUUUGUGCUCCAAAAAGUAAUCGAAGAUCAAUAGAAACGUGAUGUAACGUGACAGAAUGUCGUCGAAUAUUCUGAGAGAUCCUGAUUCCACCGUUGAAUGGCCUGCAAAAAGGAAAAGGAAACCAAGAAAAAGUGAGGUUAUAAAAAAGUUGAAAGUAGCUGGAGCGGCCCAUAAAAAUCAUAAGGGCAUUCCUGUACCUGCUAGGUAUACAGGAACAAACUGUGGUUGUAAACGCUAUAAAUGUUUUGAGAAGAUUGGUUUUCAAGAGCGCCAAAUCAUCUUAGACAACUUUAAUUCACUCUCUUCGAAAGAUCAGCAAGACAGUUACCUGGCGGGUCUAAUUUCUUUUAAAAACGUGAAGCAAAGAAGGCCAAGAAGAGUUCGUAACGACGAAGAUGACGGCGAUGGUCCUUCAUUUGAUCAUUCUGUUGCUUUUUACUACAAAGUUAGAACCACUGGGAAGGAAGAAGCGUUAUGUCAUACUGCAUUUUUAAGCUUGCACGGGAUUUCAAGAGGUCGACUUAGAAGAAUUCAAGACUCUAUCAGGGUUUCUGGUUUACCUCCUUGUGAUGCACGUGGAAAACAUGGUAAUAGGCCAUCUAAAACACCCAAUGAAAUCUUAAAUUUAAUAAGGUUGCAUAUCAAGUCUUUUAGAGGAAGACAAUCGCAUUAUUCGCGGCGAGAUAAUCCGGAAAAAAUAUAUUUGCCUGAAGAACUGACUGUAAGGAAAAUGCAUAAAUUAUUUUUGAAUGAAGUUAAAGUUAACGCCUCCUAUCUUGUCUACUACCAAGUUUUUAAAAACGAAUUCAAUAUCUCGUUCGGUAUGCCUAGAACAGAUACUUGCGCAAAAUGCGAUGAACUAACGUUAAAAAUAAAUUCUACCGUAGACAUUGAAACAAAACAAAAACUUAUUCAAGAAAAAGAUCUUCAUUUGCGAAAAGCCGAAAAGUUCAGGCAAAUAAAAAACCAUUACAAAUUAGAGGCUAGGGCCGGUAAAUGCAUGGCGAUAUCUUUUGAUUUUCAACAAAAUCUACCUUUGCCCCAUAUUAGAACUAGUGACGUCUUUUAUAAAAGUCAGCUUUGGUAUUAUGUGUUUGGAAUCCAUGACCUGGCAGAUGAUUCAGCUAGUAUGUACGUGUAUACAGAGGAUGUAGCAAAAAAAGGUGCCAACGACGUUACAUCCAUGAUUUUACACUACCUGAAUAAUAAAGAUCUCAGACAUAGUCAUUUAGUCAUUUUUAGCGACGGGUGUUCCGGACAAAACAAAAACCAUAUUAUGGUUUAUUUUCAGUACAUGUUAGUACACUCAUUGAAAUUAUUUAAGAAAGUAACCCAUGUAUUCCCUAUACGAGGUCAUUCUUUUCUGCCUAAUGACCAGGAUUUCGCCCUUAUUGAGAAAAAGAAACGAAGAAAUAGCCCGGAAGUUCCCGAAGACUGGGAUGCUUUAAUACAAGAAGCGAGAAUAAAGCCAUCUCCUUUUGUUGUAGUUAAUAUGACUCGAGACAUGUUUUUCGAUAUUCAAAAUGCAUGCUCUUCGUAUUUUCUAAAAACUCCCCGACCAACGCUAGGUCUUCGAGAAGCACGCAUUAUAGAAAUAUCUUCCGAUUCUGCAUACGUUAAAACUAAAAAUACUUAUUCGGGAUUAUGGACCCACUCUGCUGUUAGAAAUAAAAAAGCUUUACAAAGCUACAUAGAGCUAAAGAAGUUGUAUGAACAACCAAUACCUAUAAACAGUGUCAAAAUAAAAAAUGUAAUAUCUCUAUCAGCCUUUCUGAAAAAACCAAGCAGUAUUGCAUUUUAUGAAAAAUUCAGUCUCACCGAAUCUGGCACUAAUAUUGAUAUUGAUGAGGAUGAUAAUAGUGACGAGUGUGAGUAAUACCUUAAUUUGAUUUUUGAAUUUGUUUGUAAAUUGAAAUAAAAUGAUUUUAAAGAG